CAGUAUGAUUGGCGUGGAUGGACUCCAGUUAUCAAAGCUCGGUUUUGGACUUUGGCUAGCAUGCCACGUGCUUAUGCGAGCUUGAGCAUGUGAGCAGAGUUUAAGAUGUUCACAUGGUAUAAGAAACCGAAGUGCUGGAGUCCUUCCGACCUGGUUCGCUCGGUGGGCUUGAAUGCUUAAUUAUAUGGUACAGUUGACGUUGUUGAGCCGGUAUUUUAGUUGAAUACUCAGGAUUUGGUCGGGUUUUAAAAAAUUUUCAGACCUGAAAAUUCUGGGGAUGGGCAGUAAUGGGCUGAAAAUUUGCCCAAAGGAUUAAUAGGAGAAGGUAUUGUCACACAACAAAAGAAGCAACAUAUCAGGCGCAUGGAUGAUGAUGAAUCGGUGACUGGCGGUAGAAGGUCUAACGGGGAAACAUUUGCUUCAUCUUCAUCUUUGUUUAGGGAGACAGAGUGCUCGAAAGCCGCUUUGGGUCAGAAGUCAUCGGAAGCUCGUCCUUCACCUCGAGGUUUGGACCACUGCAUAACGGCACCUGCUAGAACUGAGAGGAGCAAGCUUCUUGCUGAACCUGAAACUGUGUUUCAUAGAUCUGUGACUGAAAAGAGGGAGUCUCCUAGGAAGGAUCUGAUGUUGGACAGGCUGUCAGAGCGUCAGAAGCAAAAAUUGAUCGUGGAACUAGUGAGGAUACAAAAUGAUGGGACUGUAGAAGUUGAUCUUGGAAGAAGUUCACCUGUUGCUUCAGAACUGUUAGAGCUUAAAUCUUUUGAAGAUUCAGCGACGAGCAGAAGUUUUAUUUCUGAAUCCAAACAACCAGUUCCAAGGUUACAAAUUGUCAUACUCGUGGUUGGAACUAGAGGAGAUGUACAACCUUUUCUGGCCAUUGCAAAGAGGCUUCAGGCAUGUGAUCUCAUUUUCUACUUUCAGGAUUAUGGUCAUCAUGUAAGGUUGGCAACUCAUGCUAAUUUUAACACAUUUGUUAAGUCAGCCGGUGUAGAUUUCUAUCCUUUGGGAGGUGAUCCUCGAAUUCUGGCAGGAUAUAUGGCCAGAAAUAAGGGCUUAAUUCCUUCUAAUCCGUCAGAAAUAUCUAUUCAAAGAAAGCAGAUGAAGGCCAUUAUUGAUUCCCUUCUUCCAGCUUGCACAGCUCCUGAUUUGGAAACAGGUGUUCCUUUUCGAUCUCAGGCUAUUAUUGCCAACCCUCCUGUAUAUGGACAUGCGCAUGUUGCUGAAGCCCUUGGGGUGCCUUUACACAUAUUUUUCACAAUGCCUUGGACGCCAACAAAUGAGUUCCCUCACCCUUUGGCACGCGUUCCUCAAAGUGCAGCUUAUUGGCUAUCCUAUGUCCUUGUGGACCUACUAAUAUGGUGGGGAAUAAGAGGAAUUAUCAAUGACUUCAGGAAAAAGAAACUGAAGCUGGCCCCUAUUGCAUACUUCAGCACGUACCGUGGAUCAAUAUCUCAUUUGCCAACUGGCUAUAUGUGGAGUCCUCACGUUGUUCCAAAACCAAGUGAUUGGGGCCCUUUAGUUGACGUUGUUGGCUAUUGUUUCUUAAACCUUGGAUCAAAGUAUCAGCCUCGGGGAUUUGUCCAAUGGAUUCAGAAAGAACCAAAACCUUUAUAUUUCGGAUUUGGGAGCAUGCCUCUUGAAGAUUCCAAAAGAACGACUGAUGCUAUAUUGGAGGCACUAAAGGAUACAGGACAGCGGGGAAUUAUUGACAGGGGCUGGGGAAAUCUAGGGAGUCUGACCGAAGUUCCUGACAACAUUUUCCUUCUAGAGGAAUGUCCUCAUGAUUGGUUAUUUCCUCAAUGUUCUGCUGUGGUGCACCAUGGUGGUGCUGGAACCACAGCUGCAGGGUUAAAAGCCGGGUGUCCGACAACCAUAGUUCCAUUCUUUGGGGAUCAGUUCUUCUGGGGUGAUAGAAUACAUCAGAAAGGUCUGGGACCAUCUCCGAUUCCAAUAUCUGAGCUCAGUGCUGAUAAAUUAUCAAGUGCAAUAACGUUUAUGCUGCAGCCAGAGGUGAAAUCUCAGGCAAUGAAAAUUGCAGAGCUGAUAGAGAAUGAAGAUGGUGUUGCGGCUGCUGUUGAUGCAUUUCACCGCCAUCUGCCUCCCGAGCUACCGCUGCCAAGCCCAUCUCCAGUAGAGGAGGACCAUCCAAAUCCUCUGCAGUGGUUUUUUCUUCAACUUGGAAAAUGGUGCUGCCUACCAUGUGGUGGUGCGUAGAUUUAGUGCGUUAACUGUCAUAAUCCAUCCAUUCACCAAUUAGAAGGCUUCGAAUUUUUUUUUUUUUUUGGGGAACAUCAGUUCAGUAUUCUUCGCGGGUAUUCCAUUCAUUGCAGUCAAAUCUCUUUUGGGAGGGUUUGACCACUAAGUCUUUUUCUCAAAAAUAACGCGAGAGGUUCAUAACCUAGAGGGUAGGAUUUAGGAAAAGAGCAGUAUCACUUUUAUCUUCAUACCAUAGCAGGUGCUAUGUGAGCUAUCAGCUCAAUAAUCACCGCAUUUAGGAAGCUCUGUCGUAUGUAUGACAAGGCUAAGGGAUCUCACCAUUCAAAAAGCUCAAUUACUUACAGAUGCUUGAUGUCGAGUGAUUGGAUUGUUAGGAUUAGCUAUUGGCUAUUUGAUUGAUAUUUAAUGAUAUCGUGCAAAUUUCAAGCAGCUGAAAUUGCUCUGUUUUGUCUCCUCUCUUCAAUCAUUUAGCUUGGGGUUAUAGAAAGGCGGGGGUCUGGUCUUUGUAUCUCGUAUAUGAUGUACGCAUCCUCUGAAGGGGACCUUGAAACAUUCUUGGAUAGAUUUCACAAUGCAAAAUAUAAGUAGACCAAACUAAUAAUAGACACUCUUCUGACAUGCUUGUCCUUUUAUGAUUAACUUAGUCAGCCUAUUGUCCGUAGACCACAUCUGAUCUCUCUUUGUAACAACUAUACAAAGUAUAAAUAUUCUUUGGCAGGAUGGUUUAUCA